AUGCCAGAAGGAGAUAACGCCGUUCCUGGAAUCCAGCAAGUCAUUCUUCAAAUGGCCCAGCUCCUACAACAGAUGACACAACAGCACCAGCAAGUACUUCCGCAGGUUCAAUCUCAAGAGCAGAUUUUGGAAUCCCUGUCCUCAAACAUAACCGAGUUUGCCUUCGAUGAAGAAAACGGAGUGACGUUUGGACGUUGGUCUGACCACUAUCAAGACCUCUUCGAGAAUGACGCCCGCCAGCUGGAAGACGCCGCAAAAGUUCGCCUGCUCCUCCGGAAGCUGGAUACUCCUUCGCACAGCCGUUAUAUCAAUGAUAUACUCCCGAAGCUUCCAAAAGACGUGACUGGACUCAAAGCCUCAAAAUACGCCGAUGUUCGAGCAAGACUUCUUCCGAUCCUGGAACACGAGAAACCUGAAGCACCAGCCACUCUCCAGUCGUUAAUUGACGAGUAUCAACGACUCAUCAACCUGAAGGAAGACACAAGCAUCAUCGAACAGCAAUCCAGUUCGAAGUCAGCGGUUCACGCCAUCAGGGACAGGAAGGGUGCAGCGUCUCAGAACAGUUUUUCGAAGCCAGAAAGUAAGAAGCCGAAGACACCUUGUUGGCAGUGCGGCCAAAUGCACUUUGUGAAGGAAUGCGCUUUCAACAACCACCUCUGCAGAGACUGCAACCGUGUCGACCAUAAGGAAGGAUACUGUUCCUGCUCCAAGAAAUCAGCAAAUCCGGCUAAAAUCACACAAUCACAAUCAACCAUUAGCAAGAAGCGAAAGAAGGGGAAAUCCAGUGUUGAAGCUAAAGGCGUGUUCGUUGUCAACCACAUUGAACACCGGGAAAGUUUGCGGAAGUACGUUACCGUGGCGAUUAACGGAGUACCAGUCCCUCUUCAACUCGAUUCGGCCAGCGACAUCUCAAUUGUUUCGGAAACUGUCUGGAAGCAACUCGGCAAGCCGGCGAUCAAUCCAUCAUCAAGCCAAGCCUCAAACGCAUCGGGUGAUCCACUAUCCCUAGUCGGUGAGUUCGAAUGUGAAGUAUCCAUCAAAGGAGAAACGAAGCGAGGCAGAUGUUUCGUCACAUCCGUACGUGAUCUGAAUCUGAUGGGCAUUGAAUGGAUUGACUUAUUCAACUUCUGGUCAAUUCCGUUUGAUUCCAUUUGCAAUCAUAUCGUGAUGCCUUCCAAACGUGAAAUCGAUCGAGAGAUUCAGCAGUUGAAACUCAAGCACAAAGAAGUUUUCAACGAGACCCUUGGACUGUGCAACCGCACUAAGGUACAGGUGCAUCUCAAGCCCGGAAGUAAGCCAGUUUUCUGCCCAAAACGACCCAUUCCGUUUCAUUCCGUACCGUUGGUUGAUGCUGAACUGAAUCGUCUUCAAAGCCUAGGAAUAAACACACCUGUGGAUUUCUCGGAGUGGGCAGCCCCCAUCGUGGCUGUGAAGAAACCGGAUGGCAGAGUUCGCAUUUGCGCGGAUUACUCGACAGGCCUGAACAACGCUCUGGAAGCCAACAACUAUCCCCUGCUGGUACCAGAAGAAAUUUUUGCCCAGCUGGCAGGAUGUCAAGUUUUCAGUGUGAUCGACCUGUCCGAUGCGUAUCUUCAAUGCGAAGUAACCGAAGAUUCGAAACAACUUCUGACGAUCAACACGCAUAGAGGAUUGUUUCGCUUCAACCGCUUGGCCCCAGGAGUCAAAUCAGCGCCAGGGGCAUUCCAACGGAUGAUAGAAAGUCUCAUCGCCGAUCUUCCUGAAGUACGCCCUUCCAUCGAUGACAUCAUCAUCUUCAGCAAGGACUCGAAAUCUCAUGCUGAAUCGCUGAACAAGUUGCUGCAAAGACUGACGGAUUGCGGAUUUCAUCUGAAAAUUCAAAAAUGCAAGUUUUUCCAAACUGAAGUCCGUUACCUAGGCCACAUCACCGAUCGCAAUGGUAUCCGCCCUGACCCGGAGAAAGUGGAAACAAUUUCGAGCAUUCCCCUACCAACGAACGUAUCCGAGCUGAGGUCCUAUCUUGGUGCCGUGAAUUACUAUGGCAAAUUUGUACGGAAUAUUCACGAGCUGCGUCAUCCCCUGGAUCAGCUGCUGCUCAAGGACGUUAGCACAGCUAUCGAAAAGAGUGGCGAUACGGUUUGCACUGAUUCCGGGAUACAGUUUCUAUUACAGGGCGCAAAGAUUGGCUCUGAAUGGGUAUCGCGAAACAUCAGAAGCGGCAACAUCAACAGCCUGUUCAGCAGCCAGCCAGUAGUGGAUGUAUUUUCCGCAUGA